AUGCUUUCCUUCCUUUCGGUGCUUGCCCUCGCGCGAGUUGGCAUGUUACUGCACAGGAUGAGCAUGACCUUGACACGCCUUGCUCCCCUGCCCAUGGAAGUUGCGACCCUCAAGGAGCAGAUGGAAUACCUGACACAAGUGCCGGGAUCUUCUGCCUCCUGCACAGUGGACGGCUCACCAAAAGAUGGGACGGGGACCAUGGCUUCUAUUGCUAACCAGCUUAACUGCGUGGAUGCGAAGCUGCUGGAACUCGGCAGAACUGCUCAAGCACUUCAGCUGGAAGUCAAACAAGGAGCGCUCCAGUCACAACUUGAUGAACUUCAAGCAAUGGUACAAGCCUCCCAACAACACCUCCUGAGUCUGGACUCGCCACUGAAACACUCUGCUGGCAAGAUUGAGGAGCUACACGAACAAUUUAAGAGGGGACACAUGGUGGAUAUCAUGAAGAUGCUGGCUUCGAAAGUUGAAGGCUCAGAACUCGAGGCAGUGAACCAGAACCUGCAGCAGGUUCUUUUGGACAUUGUCAAGAAGCUCGCCUCGAAAGCUGAAACCUCUGAACUCUCAGAAGUCAGUCGACUCGAGAAGCAGGCCCUCACGGAGAAGAUCGUCAAGGUCGAGACCACGGGGGACAAGAUCCAGGACCUCUGUAAGACGCUGAGCAAUGAGAUCCAUGUCUGCAAGACGGUGGUCGCACAAAAAAUCGAUGCUCUUCAGAAGGACAUGACGUCGCAUAUGGGGUGGUCCACACAGAACCUGCGGCCACUUUUCCCAUGCGUGCCGAUGAUCAAGCAGAUGGAGUCCCAACUACGCGACGCCAUCGACUAUCUCUCCAGGAACUUUAAAGCCGUGGAACAGGUUCACACGAUGGGUGAACAGACGACGGAAGGGAUCAACCUGCUUCGCGAGAGCCUCUCCAACCAGUCGGAAAUAUACGACAACCAAGAGCAGAGGAUUGGCAGGGUUGAGUCGAUCGCCAGUGGAACACUUGAUGUCCUGAAUGAAACACAGGACCAAGUGACGGCCAUUGCUCGCGAUCAUGCGGCAUUGCUGCAACAGGUGUUGGAACGACUGCCAAAGCUGCCGAUCCGUAAGCCGCCUACCCCAGAGACGACAUCGCAAAUGCCUGGACAAUCGUCUUCCUCGACCUCUCCUGAUGGACCGCCUACUUCAGCUGUACCGACGGUGCCCACGCAGCCGAUGCCCCAAAUGCAUCCCACACAGCAGGCACCGGCACCGACAAUCCACAUGAACCAGCAGCCAUCUGCUUUCGAACUACGGUUGAAUGAUCAUAUGCCGGUACAGCUGAAUCCACGUAGGCCUGCACCGCAGAUCUUCAUGAUGAGUGAGCCACAGUCGUCGACCCCAGUUUUGAGAGAGGUCACACAGCAGGAUGUCCUUAGAGCCUUCUUCCCCCAAUCCUGA